AUGCUUGGUCCUUCAACUGAAUGGACGCUUCAGGCUGCGGGCGCUGAAACAGGGUAUGUUGAUGUGACCAUAGUGCCUCUGAUCAAGCCAUUGUUUGAUUUCCUCCUCAGUUUACCGCGUUUGAAAUACGCUGCAUACCAAGCCGAUAUUGAUGGGAAACACCAACAGUUCAAUGCUUCCUUAAAGCAAACGAUCACUCAGGUGCUUCCCAUUACGGUCUCAUCAAUUUCAAUUGAAUUGGAUGACCCGGCACAAGUCAAUUUGGCCAAAAUUGAGGCUACCCACAUUUUCUUGGAGGUGAAAGAGACGCUUUUAGCUAACGUCAACGAGUACAUCUACGCGGCCAAUAACGCUGAGAGUCUCUUUAGGGUUCUGCAAUUGCUCAAGUCGAUAUACCACUUUGUGGACUACUUGGAACCUUUUGCUGCUUUUGACAUCGUCCUUAAAUUGUUUCCCAUCAAGAAUGAACGACUCAAUUUGAUCCUUGGCAGCUUUGAAAAUUCAAAGGAUAGGUACAUGAUCACAUCCAACCUUUACAUUGAGAUUGAAAGAGAUACGGUUCGGGGUAUGAUAAUGUUACUUUUGAAUAUUCUUCCGACUUUGAUUUACACCACUCACGAUGAAUUUUUUGCCUGGAAAUCCCAAUACUUGAAGGAUCUUGGUGCGGGGGUAUUCAGUGUUCUUCCUUUGGAAAUGUUCCAGGGUAACAGUACCGUUGCCGAAGAGUGGAAACGUUACAAGCCGAUUACCAAGUCCAAAUUGGAAAUACUCAAGUUCCUCGAUGAAAUUAAAGAACUCAAAUCGAACGUACCAAUUAUCUCGGCUCCCGUUAAUGAUACCCAGAAAACCCUUAAGGGUUACCUUCAAUCUAUAUCCAGCCGCGUGACCAACAAUGGUAAUGCACUCAUGAAGUACGUUAUAAAUUUCAUCGAAAAGACUGGAUUAUAUUCCGUGUCAUAUGCAAUAACGGCUGCCCACAUUAUCGGUGAGAAUUUUGAUAAGUUCCGCAAAUACCCCUUUACCAAUCUUGACGCAAGCAUAAACGUUAUGCGAGACACAGUGGAGUCGAUUUACGAAGGAUUAUUGAAAGAUGCACCUAUUACAGUUGGCAAGAUAAACAAACAACGACUUCGUUCUCACAUCAUACUUGCGGUAUAUAAGACUACGAUGGGGGUGAUUUAUGAUUUGAUCCUAUCAAAAAGCCCUCUUGCUCAUGUGCCUUGGAACGCAAAGUUUGAUGAAAUGCAAAUAGCUGUGGUGGUGCUGCGGCUGUUGUUAACCCAGUUCAAGGAGGAAGAGCCCUGGACAUGGCAAGCUCCAUGGGGAGAGAUGAUUGUGGAAGGAACUGGAAUAUUGAAAGUCGUGGAUGAAAGUGGCAAAUCAAUUGGAAUGAAAGCCUUUUUCUCGCCUCAAUCUAAAGGAAAAAUGUUUAAAAUUUAUGAAGUCCACAUGACUGCCCUUCCUCACGACGUACAGAUGCUGGAAGAGAUUGCCGCGGUGGUGCCCUCAAGCGUGAUUGACGAAGUUUGGCUGAGAGAAUUCUUGACUAUUAAUUCACUCAAGUUGAUUAGUCGUACCCGUGAGAAUGGUAACGCUUACAUGAUGAUGAUGACGGGGGAUUUCAUAUUACCCUUGCGACAGCAGCCAAAGCUCACCAUUUUGAUCAAAGCAUGGCUGUUCGCCAGAGGACAACUCACUAAUGAGCAAGGUAGGUUAACAGAAAAGGUACCAUUUCUUGAGGACAACAAUGGGAGACGAAUGCUGCGCGAACUAGUGUGA